AUGUCUCCAGAGCCUUCAUCAGCUGACUUGAAGAACAGGAGGAAGCAGCCACAACUGGCAAAGGACAAGGAUUUGGACACACAAAGUAUUGGUGGGUCAAUCCCUAGUGAUGCCCUGAAGAGGAAGAAGCAUCAACAUCAGGCCAAGGAUGACUCUGGCUUACCCACUAAUCUACCUGCAUCAUUCAAGGUUCCUUCAUUCUCAUCAAAGGAUGGACAGCACAUGACAAGUUCAAAUGAGGAUUAUGAUGAGGGUGUCACUGAUGUGUUAGUUAACUUGUUCCAGACUCAUCCUGCCAAGCAAUCAGCUUCUGCACAUGACAACUACAAUGCAAUGAUGCACUCACUGACACUGUCUAAUGCAAGUCACCACACCAUCAAUUUUCCACAUGAUGCUGCCCCCCAUCAUCAAUCUAUGUCAUCCUCCAAUGGUCCUUCACCUGCUUCAUCCAGAGCAUCAUCCCUCAAGUGA